UUCUACAGGAGUUUGUAAAUAUGGUGGGUACUUUGGAACCAUUUCAACCUUCAGUUUGUAAAUAUGGUGGGUACUUUGGAACCAUUUCAACCAGAAAAUAGUAAAAUCAAUUCCAGGUUUGCGGAAUAAUGAAGCAGUUAACAUUUUGGGAUUGAAGUAGAAGUGUUUUCUCAAAUAUGAGGUUAAGUGUGACUUUUCCUCUUGUAGGGGUCGUCUUUAUCAUAUUUACAUCCAUUUACAGCCUUUCAAAUCUAGAGGUUGGAAACUUCAGCCUUCCAGCUCCAGCAUUAUAUAUACCAAGUUUUUAUAGGUUGUCUGAGCCUGAGUUAGUCUGGAAGUAUAAAACAUGGGAAAAAGAGAAUUGGAGAAAUGAUUCAAUAACCCUUCCACCCCCGGAGUUUAGAAAUGAAAGUGUUUUUACUGCUGGAGCUACGGUGUGCUAUGCUAGUGGAAGCAAGUAUACUGACAGCCAGGCUAAGGGUCAAUGUGUUUGUCGAAGAAAUUAUUUUGGAGAGAGCUGUGGAAUACCAUCAUCAGUCUGGUUCAAUGAUGUGACAAAACGAUAUGAUAUUAAACUAAGAUCUAAGCCCAGAAGAAUAAUUCAAGCAUUAAUAGUAAAUCAAGAAUUUGAUUUUUUUGAAUCUCGUGUUGAAGAGCACUGGGAUUCAGUGGAUGUAUUUCUAAUUGGAGAAUCCAGCUUCACUGCACGAGGAGAUGAGAAGGAAACUCUGUUCUUCCAGAAGCUGAAGUCUGGAUGGUUGAGUAAAUAUCAACAUAAAAUACUUUAUGUGUAUUUGGAUUUCUUCCACAAAAAGGGUAAAGGAGAUGGAUGGUUUGCAGACUCCUUCCCUAGAAAAUACCUGGGCAAACAUGGACUUCCCAGAAUCCAUGGCCUGGAGGAUGAUGAUAUCAUUGUUUAUAACGAUGCAGAUGAAAUACCCAACAGAGAAACUAUCGAGUUCCUCAAAUAUUUUCAAGGAUUCCCGGAGCCAAUCAACUUUUUGUACAGAUGGACAGUUUUUGGAUAUUAUUGGCUCGCUAUAAACGAGAAGGGAGAAGAUCAGAAUGGUCGUCUUCAUUGUAUUCAUAUAAGCGCCGCGGCCGACCACUGUAAUUUCAAAGUUUCUGCAGCCGGGACAUGGAAGCUGGUACACAAUAUCUUUAAUGAUAGUUUCUGGUCUAUAAGACAAAAGUUACACAAAAAAGCAAAGUAUGCGAAAUCAAUAGCUGAACAGAAUAUUACGGUAGAAAGUUGGACUAUUGGAUCUGUCGGUCACUAUGCUGGUUACCACUGUUCCUGGUGUAUGCCUAUACCUGGAAUACAAAAUAAACUAAUCUCGGCUCAAUCAGAUGAUGGACCAAGGUGGGGAGAUUAUCCUGAAAAAGUUGAGCCAGAUUUUAUAGAAAAUAUCAGAGAAUCUGGAACCUGGUUCGAUCUUGUCAGCAAAUUCAGAUUGAUUGAGUUUGCUCCGAGCUAUGUUUUGAAGAACUUUAAUAAGUUUAAAGAUAUUAUCGUUCCACCUUCAAACCUGAAUCCAGUACCCAGUAAUCUAUCCCACCCAGAGUCAAACCUUUAAACUUAAAAACCUGAACCACCAUAAGUAAUCUGUUGAAACCGAAGUGAUCAUUCCAUCCUCAACAAGCACAAUAAACUCAAUCUGAAGUGUUAUUCAAGCAAUAAGAUAUACAUCGAUCAAAAAAAUACACUGAUCAUCAAAAAAACUCACUUAAAAUAAGUGAUUUAAUAAGUUAUUAGUGAACUAUUAUUUCUUAUUAUCGAACAACCAAACGAAUAUUUUAUGUAACGAAUAUUUUGUUACAAACAGAAUGCCAUGGAUAUCUUAUACAAAUUUUAAAUUCCAAAUAUUCUUUUCAAAAAGUCAAACAAACUAUUCGUUAAAUCGUUCAAAAUCAGAAACAAAAUUUAAGUAUUUUCUCCGAAUGGUAACAUUAAGUAUUUAAUUAAACUCUUAAGUAUUAGUUAAAAUCUGAGUAUUAUUUUCAACCCAGAACGCAUUUAUUCUACGUAAAUAAGCAUGAAAUUAAAAAAUGUUAAGACUCCAACCCCCAAAUAAUGUUUUUACUUCAAUGUCUGUAUUAUUUAUAUAAAAGUUGCACAAACACUUGAAAAAUGUAAAUUUUGUUGAAAUGUAAAGAGACUGUUUUUUUACAUUUUAAGUAACUGUCCAUUUAUAGAUUCGUAUUGCCGAUUUUCAACAGUGCUCUUGAAAUCUUUAUCUGAUCAGAUCAAUAAUGUGGAAGAUAUCGCAGUUUUUCCAAUAUUUUAUUCGUAAUAUCAAACUUCCGAACGACGUAACAAACAUUUUGUUUUAUAUUAUAAACUGCGGAAGCAUUUUUUAUCCUUUCCCCCCCAAAUUUAUAGCCUUUCUAAUGAAAAAAAUGAAUAGUCGUACGAUUUAUAUGUACUUUCAGGACGGGUAUGUAUUAUUACUUUAUAUAUGAUUGGACCAAGAUGCAAAAAUAAUGCUUCAGUUAUUAAUUUUAUUUUUGUUGCCACAGUUAAAAUACUUGGUUCAACAAGGGCUUGAUAAAAUUUUUUAAAUAUUUCAUGUUUUGUUAACCUGCAAUUAAGUAUAUACAUGCCACUUAUGAUAAAGUGUGCAAAAACCUGUGAUAUGUAAAAUUAUAAUUGUGUUGUUUGAUUUUAAUACAAAGAAAUAAUUAGUACAUUACUUAUGAAAAGUAUAGUACACCACCAUAUUAAAUGGAUAGAUCGACCUUAGAUGUAUUCUUCAUCAUUGGUCCGUAGACGGGAUACUACUAUACAUUCACUCCCAGUUCUUAUCUUGAAUAAAAAAGCUGACAAAU